AAAGACGUCUAGCCCCAUCACAAAAUGUCACAACAACUCAAUCUUCUCUCUUUCCCUCUCCUCCUCUUUAUUGUCGUUCUUCUCAUUGAAUGUUUCAUCAUCUCUCCUUCUUGCUUGUUAAUCUUUUUUGUUUUUGACAUUAAAUUAUGUGUUGCAUUUUUAAGAUUUAUUUUGUUUUGAAAAGGAUUUCAUGUGUCCUUUAAUCUGAGUUUUUUUUAAUUGCUAGUUUUUUAUUUUUUGUGUUUUGUUUUUAGUUGUUUUUUGGUAGAUCUCUUCUUGCAUGGCAGGGCUCGAUCUCGGCACUGCCUCGUCCGGUUUUGUCGAACGUCUCCACGUUCACCUUCCCGAAGUCGGCGGGGAGGAGUUCCCUGCCUCGCCCGGUAGGGGAGAGGAAGGGAGCCAGGGGCGGCGGCAGCGCGGGCGGCCGGCGGGGUCUAAGAACAAGCAGAAGGCGCCGGUGAUCAUCGCGCGGGAGAGCGCCAAUGCACUGCGCGCGCACAUACUGGAGAUCUCCAGCGGCUGCGACGUCUUCGAGAGCCUGUCGACGUACGCGCGCCGGCGGCAGCGCGGCGUGUGCGUGCUCAGCGGGCGCGGGACGGUGGGCGACGCCACGAUCCGCCAGCCCGGUGGCGGCGGAGGCGCCGGGGGCGGAGUGGGGAGACUGCGGGGGCACUUCGAGAUCCUGUCGCUCUCCGGGUCGUUCCUGCCGCCUCCGGCGCCGCCGGGGGCCACCAGCCUCGCGGCGUUCCUGGCCGGCGGGCAGGGGCAGGUCCUCGGCGGCAGUGUCGUCGGCGCCCUUGUCGCCGAGGGGCCGGUCAUCAUCAUCGCGGCGUCGUUCGCCAACGUGGGCUACGAGAGGCUGCCGUUGGACGACGAGGAGGAAGAAGAUCCCGAGGCGACGCAACCGCAGCAGCAGCUGCUGCUCAACACGCCGGCGCUGACCGCCUCCUGCCUGGGUCAUCCUUCCUUCCCCGACACGGCAGCUUCCUCCCUACCCUUCUUCAACUUCCCCCUGAACAUGCCGCUUCUCCCGCCCGAAGCCGCGUGGCCCGCCAGCGCCGGCGCCGCCUCGGCCAGCAGCGCAGCCCGACCACCGUUCUUGUAGAAUUUAACCAACCAAGAAAGAUCCGACGACGAUCGAAGAGAAAGAACCGCCAUGAACAUGCACAAUUAUUCAUCUGUUCAUCCACAAACUAUUAGCUUCAUCAUCUCUCGCAAACUGUUAAUCUUUGCUGUUCAUCUUAAUUGCAAUUGAUUGCUACUUAUUUCUGAUUUU